AUUCAGUGAAUGAAUAAUCUUGCCAAUGGGAAGUAGUAAACAAGACACGAAACUUUUCUCCUAAAUGGAACACACUGAAACCUGUAAAACCAUAAAACCCUUACCAAAAUCUGAGGAUGAUGACGGCGACGACGAAUUUCGAAGCGGGCAACUGUAAAACCUUUAAACCCGCAUAGAAACACUGAAGCAAUUCCCUUACGAUGUAUUCACAUUCAAGGGUUUUACAGAUGCCCCAAACUGGCCAAUAAAAAACACGCACAAUGACUCUGGCCCUAGCCCUAGCUGUUCGCAGGUCAAUGAAAGCGCUCCUUCGUAUUCCUCUGGCGGUCAAGGCUGAGGCCAUAGAAAAACAGGCCUUAAAUUCGCCUUGCAGUAGAAUGCUUGGUGAUCUGUGCAAGGUUGGGCUUGGAGACUUCAAAUUUGAGUCCACAAGCAAAACGGUCUGUCAUGCUACCAUAAAUAUUAGAGGCCUGUGUACCAAUGUUGAGCUGAAAAGAAAACAGUUUAAAGAAGCGGGGACAAAACUGGAGAAUGAUAAGAGAAAAAUGUUGAAAGGAAAACGAACAGUUAUCAAUUGGAUCAAGCAUUUUCGUUGGAAGAAGAAGAAGGAGUAUGAACAGAUGAGUCUUGAGGAAAAGGUGAUAUACAAGCUCAAAAAGGCUCAAAGAAAAGAGGCUCGCUUGGUAGCAGCUUUGCAGAAACUAGAGCCUAAACAUUCUUCGGAUACCACACAUGAUCCUGAAAUUCUUACUCCAGAAGAGCACUUCUACUACCUUAAAAUGGGUCAUAAAUGCAAGAAUUAUGUUCCAAUUGGUAGACGGGGAAUUUUUGGAGGUGUAAUCUUGAAUAUGCAUUUACACUGGAAGAAGCAUCAGGCUGUUAAGGUAAUUGUCAAGACGUUCACUCCAGAUGAGGUUUGCAAAAUAGCAGCAGAAUUGGCAAGACUGACUGGUGGUAUUGUACUGGACAUACAUGAAGGAAACACAAUUAUAAUGUAUCGUGGAAGGAAUUAUUCUCAGCCACCUACUGAAAUCAUGACCCCAAGGAUUACUCUCUCCAAGAAUAAGGCUUUAACUAAAUCUAAAUACAAAGAUGCUCUACAAGCAGUUCGGAUCUUCAUACCAAGAUUGGAGAAUGAACUAGAAAUGCUUCGCCAACGGGUGAAAGGUGGAGGUCAGGAGAGUCAAAAAAAUGGCGAGCAGAUAUUAAACAAUCAGAGAGGUGUGAUAGAACACGUGGCAGAAAGGGCAGUUACAUUCACAGGGCAUUUUUCCGAGUGUAAUGAGGAUGUUGAUGAACAUGCAAGAGAGACAAAAGAUCUUUCUGACCACUGUGGGAGUGAAACUGAUCAUGUUUCUGGCACAGAUUUUGACGUAGCUUCAGAUUCAGAAGCACUUUCAGAUUUGUUUGAAACUGAUUGUGAAAUGGAUACAGAUUCAUGUAGUGAACCAGAAGACUCAUUGUAUUUAGACAAUAUUGAUACUCCACAAGUGGAUGCUGGGAAGACCCUUGUUGAUUUUACAAAAGAUAAAGCCAAAACUUCGGAAGAGUCAAAGAAGGUGGAUGGGUUGGGUGAUGAUUCUUACCAUCCCGAACUUGAUGAAGUGGAUAAGUUGUUCUUACGUGUUAGUACACUUCUUAAAAAGAAAAAGUAAGGAUGGAUGCUAGGUUUGUAAGUUACAUCAUGAUUACCCAUAUUUGGUUUUGAUUACUUGAGAGCAGGUUAAAUCAGGUGUUUAUGAAACUACUUGAUAAUUCUCAUUAUUUGCUUGUAUCUUUAAAGAACAAUAAGUCUAAUUCACACAGCUAUGUUUUACUCCCUC